GCUGCCUCGAUCUCUGUCCUUCUCUCUUUCUUUUUUCUUUUGGUCGCAUAAUAAUCAGAGAGACGAGAGAAAGAGAGAAAGAGCGUAAAGGACCAAUUUGACCUUCGUCCGCGGAGCUGCUUUUUCUUCUUCGUCUUUUCUCGCGUCUGCUAGUUUUUCCUGUACGGUCACCAUGAACGAGAAGGCCAACGUUACCAAGGAGCUCAACGCCAAGCACAGAAAGAUACUGGAAGGGCUUCUUAAAUUGCCAGAGAAUAGGGAAUGUGCUGACUGCAAAGCUAAGGGUCCAAGAUGGGCUAGCGUGAAUUUAGGUAUCUUUGUGUGCAUGCAGUGUUCUGGGAUCCACAGAAGUCUUGGGGUACACAUAUCGAAGGUGCGAUCUGCUACUUUGGACACAUGGCUUCCAGAGCAGGUUGCUUUUAUUCAAUCAAUGGGAAAUGAGAAGGCAAAUAGUUACUGGGAAGCAGAGCUACCUCCAAACUAUGACAGAGUUGGAAUUGAGAAUUUUAUUCGUGCAAAGUAUGAAGAUAAGAGAUGGGUUUCUAGGGACGGACAACCAAAACCACCUUCUAGAGGAUGGGAAGAAAAAACUUCCACACAUUGGCAGAGACCUGGAGAAAGAAGUGGGCAUGGGUAUGUAGGAAAUUCUGAAAAAACUUUUGAGGAAAGGAAGAACAUUCAAUCAGCUAGUACACAACAAAGUGUUCCUGCUGCAAGAAUCAGUCUUCCUGUUCCUCCAAAAGGUCCUGAACAGGUUGUACAUGUCCCAAGACCGCAAGAUGUUCAGAAAAUAGAACCAGCAGUUCCGCCAGGUGCAGCAACAAAGCAAGUUGUUGACACUGCUCCUCCUGCCCCUCCAAAAGUUGAUUAUGCUAUUGACCUUUUCAACAUGCUUUCAGUGGAUGAUGGUCCAAGUGAGAAUGGUUCAGAUGCAGCAUCUGCUGAAGAUAAUGAUUGGGCAGGUUUUCAGUCUGCUGAAAAGGCAUCGACAGCUGCUGAAAAGGUAGCAACAGCUGAGAAAACUGCUCCAUCGAGUGAAGCAGGGAGCCAUAGUAAAUCUUCAUCAGGAAUUGAGGAUCUAUUUAAAGAUGUACCUUCACUGACACCUGUUUCAGAGAAACCCCCGAAAGACUUAAAAAAUGAUAUUAUGAGUCUUUUUGAAAAGUCCAGCAUGGUGUCACCCUUCGCUAUGCAUCAGCAGCAACUUGCAAUGCUGGCUCAGCAGCAGUCUCUUCUCAUGGCUGCUGCAGCUAAAUCUGCUGGCAUGGAUCAAAAGUUUCCUGGUAUUAUUCAACAACCUGUGUCCAAUGGAAGCAAUUUACCCUCCCAAAGUUGGCCAAAUGUUGGCUACCAAAUUCCGGGAUUGAUGAUGCCUGUAGAUGGACAGGCUGACCUACAGAAAGUUACACAGAGUCAGACAAAGAUCAUGGGACCGGCACAUCCCCCGGGGAGCUCUGUUCCAUAUUCAACUUCUAGCUUUUAUAAUAUGGCCCAAGUUAACCCAGUUAAUGGUGCGAAAAACGAUGGAGCGAAUAAGACUCAAUCUCUGCCUCCCGUAUCAUCAGCGACUUCUGCACAAUCAGCAAAAGAUUAUGAUUUCUCUUCUUUAACACAAGGGAUGUUUGCAAAACAGUGAGGAGCCUUGGGGGUUGAUAAUCCUGGCCUUGUUAUACCAUACAAAAACAGUUGAAUUACAGAAAAUUUACCUAUUUUUCCGUCCUCAUUUCCACCUGUGCUGAGGUUGUAAACUAUUUGUAGAGGCAGUACCACUUUUUAGCUUUUCUCUGGGUGAUUACUUCAUUUGUAUGAUUAGGUGCUAUUUGAGUAAUAAGAUGGGUUUAGAUUGAUCAGAAUGAUUUCCUUUCCGCUUCAAUUGUGUUAUUUGGAAGAAUGUUUUUACCUAAAAACACCUCAAGAACAUUGCCUAUAUGCAUGAUCUUUGGAAUCUCAGAAUUAUCACAAA